UGGUUUUUCCGAUACAAAUAUGACAAGAAUCUGCUAUUUGUUGAUGAGCUUCGCUCUUCUUGUGGCGGUAACUGCACACGCAACUCCACAACAAGUGGUGACUAGAUACAACAAUUACAAGGCGAUAUGCAAUGGAAUGGGUUAUGAAAAUGUGCGCUGCAAAGAUCCAAUUGCUUUCCAAUCUUCACUUACAAAGCAAUUGGAAAACAUGAAGAACCAAGAGACUGUGAUCUUUGAUAAAGUUUCAUUAAACGAAGGAAACGCUUACGACAAUAACUAUUUACAGCACCGUUGGACGGGAUAUAUUCCUUUACGUGGAUAACGUUAACAAAAAGUGGAAAAUAUUUCCU